AUAUUUUCUUAACAACUUCUUAUUUUUAUUAUUAUCUAAUUUAAUUUAAUUUAAUUUAAUUUUUAUUUUUGUUUUUGUGUAAAAGUUAAGUUAUAUGGGUGAGGUGGAGAUUCUUCAUCCCAAUUCGUGUCUCAAAAAACAUCUAACAACAAUGAAAUCUCGUCGUACCAUUCGAUUUGCUCAUAAUUCCACCAAUCCAUCAACCCAAAUCCAUAGUUUCACCUUACCCGACACCCGACAAAAAACACCAACAAAAGGGAUCCUCAAAAACCCAAACACAAACAGUAGUGUCGUCACACAAAAUAAAAGCCUCGUCAUGGGUCAAGUCAAGAUAUUGAAGCGGGGCGAGGCGUUACAAGAAACCUCAAAGGUUUUGAAAGAUGUCAAUUAUGUUAAAAAGGCGGUUGGAUUAGUCUCAAAGCGCCCCGAAAAUUUUGAAGCUAAAGGUCAUCAUAAGGUUCUGACCGAGAAUAAAAAGAUAUCAAAUAGUGAAGAUUAUGAUGUUGUGGUUUCUUCAACAAAUCGAAUAGGACCAGAUCCUAAAAUCGUGUCGAAACAGAUAAUGAAAAAGAAGAUGACUGAAUGUUUUUCAGGGACUGUUUUUUCGGAUUCGCCUCAUCCUAGCUCGGUUCCCUUGCCUAGUUUUUUCAUGAAGAAUCGAUCUAGUUAAUAAAAUGAUGAAUUCGUAGUCUGGGAGUUUUUGAGGCCAGACGAUGAAUUCGGCAUUUGUUUUGAAAUUGAUACAAGUGUGUGUAGCAACAUAUAAAUCUAGCAACUAGCAUAGCCAGGAGGUUUAUCUAAAUCUAGUGUAGUGAUAUAUUUACAGGUAUAUAUGGUUUAGCUGUAAUCAUGGUUUUGUAUGUAUUGAUAAUCCGUACAUACAUAGGUUUUGGUGUGGUUAGAAUUAGGGUGGUGUUGAUGGUAUACUUGUGACUUCACUUUUGUUAGUUGUAAGAUUCUAUGUGUUCAAUUAUAUUGUACAUGUAUCAGUUAUGAAGGAAUUAGCUAGAAUGGAUUUUAUUUUA